AUGGUAAAGCUAAAGAAGACAUCCAAAAGGCAGGAACUCUCGAGAAAGUACAAUAUCCAGCGCAUGGUAUCGGCGCACAAGAAAAAGAUUCGCAAACUGGCCAAGAAGGGUGAACACAUUGUUCCAAAGAGGAAGAUUCCAGAGAUUCCAAACUGCAUAUUCAAAAAGGACAUCCUUGAGAACUUGAAGAGGAGCAAGGAGAUUGUGGAGAAGAAUAAAAAGGCUAAAAAUGGACAGCCAAAAGUUGAGGAACUUGCAAAGCAACUUGAUAAGAAAAUUAUAUUCCUUCUAAACAAGGCCGACCUGGUUCCAAAAAACGUAUGCCUUGAGUGGCUCGAGUACUUUAGGGCAUUUUAUCCUACUCUCAUUGUAAAGACUAGACUGGCAAACUAUGGACGUUUUAAUUUUUUCAAUGUUGGAAACACGCAGGAUAUUCCAGAGUAUAUUCUAAAGAGCUCAUCUCAUCUCAUUGGAGUCACAAAUUUGUACGACAUACUCUCAAACUAUUCCAGAUGUGACGACUCUCGACAGAAUAUUGUUGUUUGCGUUGUAGGAUAUCCAAAUGUCGGAAAGUCUAGUUUAAUAAAUAGCUUGUUGCUUUUGAAAUCUCAUAGAAAUGUAAAGGGUCACAAGAGACUGAAUACAAUAUCUGCAGAGUUUGGAUCGACAAAAAAGACACACUGCAACCAGAUUGACAAGUAUAUUCAGGUUUAUGAUACUCCAGGUAUUAUUUACAAUGACACUGGAAAUCGUAUAACGAUAUAUAAUGAAAUCAGCAAGGGUGGGAUUAGUGAUCCUAUUGAUACAUUUUCGAGGCUUUUUAGACAUAUUCAGAAUAAUGAAUAUGUAUCGCGAGUUUUAAAUCGACAAGCCAGCUCCAGCUCUGGCCAAUCGCAGGACGUGGAUAUGGAACCCCAAGGGGUUGAUCAUUGUAUGAUAUUUCUUUCAAACUUUGCUAUUAUGAGGGGAAAACUUAGAAUUGGUUCUCCUGAUUUGAAUGCAGCUGCAAUUUGUUUUUUCGAAUCCCUUUCCAAGGGCCACCUUCAGUAUUUUGCAUUACCAAACGUGGACGGAUUACACCUCGUGGAGUUCAAAAAGGCGCAAAGGGAGGUUCACGAAAAGGAGUUUAAAUAUACGAGAGAGAAGCCUCCAGAGAGCAAGCUUGGGAUAUUGAACAAAAAGAGGAAAAAGGAGGCAAAGAAGAUGAGAAAGCUCAUGGAUAGUUUAAUACAUUAG